AUGAGUGAAGGGAAACCUAAAAAAGGGAGAGUUAUGGAGGAAGAAGUAGAUUUGUUCAACUAUCUUCCUGAUGUGCUUCUAAUUUCCAUCAUUUCUUUACUUCCAGGUAUGGAAGGUGUGAGAACAAGUGUGCUUUCCAAGCGUUGGGAGUCACUAUGGAAGUACUCUUCUCACCUAGGUUUUAGCCAGUUACAAAUGUUGAAGUCCAUGGUCAAAGAGGAUGAGGUCUUAGAUAUAGUUGGAGAAGCUUCCAUAUUGAUUAAAUCAAUUAUGGAGAAUCACAUUGGUGUUUUAAAAAGUUGUAGCUUUCAACAUUUGGGUGUGAGUUCUAGAAAUGGGGAUGUUGUAGGGUGGUUGAAAAAACUAUUGGAGAAAGGGGUUCUUGAAGUUUCGAUGGAAUGUGAAUCUGAUGAUUAUCUUCAUAAAGUAACAAAUAUGACUUCAAGGGAUGUUUCUAGUACUCUUACAUUACCUUUUCAUGUUUUCUCUAGUUUUAAAAUUCUUGAGUUGAAGAACUAUAAUUUUAAAACUAUACCCACACCUAAUCCGCAACAGAUUUUAAAAACUCUCAUCCUUAAUAAAGUGAGUAUUGUAUCAAAUUGUUUUCAAAGGAUUAUCUCUCAUUGUUUGCUUCUUGAAAACCUAACCCUUGAGAAAUGCACUUUCACAAGAGAUAGGAUUAAAUUUGUAAGUCCAAGUCUCAGAUAUAUUAAAAUUUGUCAUUUGAAGGCGAGCAUGAUUUUGGUUUCUGCCAUUAAUGCAGAAGUCAUAGAGAUUAACUCUAUUGUUUGUGGUUAUGAAGAUAUGGUUUUUAAGACCCCAAAACUUCAUGUUCUGUGUGCUUACAAUGAUGUGAAAAGCCUUGAGCAAAAUUUCUCUGCAUAUGAAAAUAGGUUAUUGACAUCAAGAGAUAUUAUUGGAAUUUGCGGUGGCAUUUUGUGCCGUCGAGGUUCAAGCAUGGGAACUAUAUUGAAAAAUUUGGUGACUCUUAGUCUUGAUUUAGAUUUGGAUGAUAAAAGAAAUACUGUAGCUAUUUCUUUUGCCCUCAAGUCUUGCAUCCAACUAAAGAAUCUUCAGAUAAAUAACCAGGUCAAUUGGGAUUGCAGUGAUGGAAUAGAUGAUCAGAAUGGCAUUGAUUGUCUUCCUUACUCUGGAGGUUUGUUUUGGCCAAAAAGGGAGCCAUGCGAGUGUGUCAGCCAGAAUCUAAAGUCUUUUUGUAUAAAGGGAUACAAAGGUGGAGAGUUUGAAGUUGAAUUUGUUAAGUACUUAAUAUUAAAUGGUGGAGUUAUAGAGAAUAUUACCAUUUGGUUUUUGGAUGAUUGCUCAUGGGUUAAAGCUGUAGCAACUAUAUGUUUGCUAUCAUAUCCAAGGAUCUCUUCCAAAUUGUCCAUUCAUUUGAAGCCUGGACAAAAAUAUAUUAGAGAACAUGGUGGUAGCUUUGAAAAGUGGGUAAGAACCCUAAAAUAA